AUGGUCGAACCUAGUACCCGUCCAGUUACCCAAGGGAUCUUUUCCUCGGUCGGGCCUUCCACUGAAUACAAAUAUGUCGCUGUGCGGGUCUCUGGCCUCCCUGAAGUUUGUUUGGCACGAGAGGUCAUGGAAAGCCUCCAGCGGGUAAUAAGCCCUGGAGCGAAACUUCCUAUCACCAAGAGAUUAAAGACCGUAGCAGACUUUGCAGAGUGGUAUUUCCAGUUCACCCAAUGGGUCUACUCCUUGGAUGCAUGUGUUGACCACUUCUUAGGUGGUUUGAUAAACCGUGGCAAGGCAGAUGAGACGGUCAAAGGCUACUACGUCAACUGCACCGAUGAAGAGCUUAAGCAAUUGACAGCGAGGAUCCAUUGUGUUCUCCAUCACGUCAUUACUGAGUCAGUCGGAGGAGCCGCUCUUGUUGAUACCGACAGAAAUAGUGACAUUCCACACAUUAUGCAACUGAUCAUUCGUUAUGGUUAUUCUUCUCCCUAUGCUAAAAAUGUUGCUGAAUUGAGAUCUUAUGCUAAGUCAUCGAAAGGUUCGCACAACUACCGUCGUCACAAGUCAAUUUACGGUUCUACUGAUUGGAAGUUGAAAACGAUCGCGAAAUGCAUCAACCCUGCCAAAUACACUGACCUUCAGUUGGUGGAAUUGUUGAAGCACAUUGACGAGUCCAACAUUGACGCCCAACAUGAGGCCGCCUUGGCUUCUGGUAUCGCCAAUAAUUACUUCUCCAUGUCCUGUAUUCACGCUUGUAUGUGGCAGAUGAUAAAGUACAAGCUCGACAUCAAGAAACAUGACAAGAAUCAGUCCAGAAAAGGUCGCAAAUCAGACCAAAAGAAAUCAUGUACUACUUAA